ACGGAACUAGCCCGCCAGCAGGCAGGCAGCUACAAACCCACACACACCCGACCCGUAUCUCUGUCUCUCUUCUCCUUCUUCCUUCAACCUUGUUCUGCUGAAUCUCCAGAGAGGGGAAAGCUUUUGCCUUCUUCUCGUCCUCCCAAGAUUCAAGAUCCACUUUUUUCUCGGAAACCAAUCGCGAGCCAACCAAAACAAUCACCGGAAAAGGGACAAAUUCCCUUUUCAAUUCUCUAAUUCUCCUCGAGGAGCUCCUCCUCGCCUCUCGAAUACGUUUUGAGGUCUUUGUAGCCUUUUCUUUUGUCGGAGAAGAUGGUUGCCUUUGGGAAAAAGCUAAAGGAGAGGCAAAUUCAAGAAUGGCAAGGAUACUAUAUCAACUACAAAUUGAUGAAGAAGAGAGUGAAACAAUAUGGCCACCAAAUUGAAGUUGGAACACUAGAUCGGCGCCAUGUUCUCAAGGACUUCUCGAGAAUGCUUGAUUGUCAGAUUGAAAAGAUAGUCCUGUUUCUGUUGGAGCAACAAGGGCUACUUGCAGGAAGGAUAGCCAAGCUUAACGAAGAUCAGGAUGCUCUACAACAAGAGCCAGAUAUAGCGAAGCUAUCCCAGUUGCGGGAAAAUUAUAGGGAUGUCGGGAGGGACCUUUUGAAGCUUCUUUUCUUUGUUGAAAUAAAUGCUGUGGGCCUGCGUAAGAUCCUGAAGAAGUUUGAUAAACGUUUCGGUUAUCGAUUCACCGAUUACUAUGUGAAGACUCGAGCUAAUCAUCCUUAUUCCCAGCUUCAGCAAGUGUUCAAGCAUGUGGGUCUUGGGGCAGUUGUUGGAGCCAUAUCCCGCAAUCUUCAUGAACUUCAGGAGCAUCAAGGAAGUUUCUUAUCCAUUUAUGAUCAAUCUGUGCUUCCGGACUCUGUUGUUGAUGCAAUGAAAGCGGCAGUUGACCGGUUAAGCCACUCAACCAACUUCUUGAACUUCUUGGCACAACAUGCACUUAUUAUGCAAGAGGAGCUUCCAACUCCCAUUGAGGAGAGCAUUGAUGAUAAGAGAUACCAUUUUAUGUCUCUUAUCCUGAAUCUGGCAAACACAUUCCUUUAUAUGAUAAACACCUAUAUUAUAGUACCCACAGCAGAUGACUACUCCAUGAGCCUUGGUGCACCGGCAACAGUUUGUGGUAUUGUGAUUGGAUCAAUGGCUGUUGCUCAAGUCUUCUCUUCAGUAUACUUCAGUGCAUGGUCCAAUAGAUCAUACUUCAGGCCUCUUGUGUUCAGCAGCAUCGCUCUUCUGAUCGGAAAUGUCAUGUAUGCAAUGGCUUAUGAUUUCAAGUCAAUCACAAUACUUCUGUUAGGCCGGCUUUUCUGUGGGUUGGGUUCUGCUAGAGCUGUGAACCGGCGUUAUAUCAGUGAUUGUGUGCCACUUAAGCUACGUAUGCAAGCUUCAGCAGGUUUUGUUAGUGCAAGUGCUCUCGGGAUGGCCUGUGGCCCGGCUCUUGCUGGCUUACUUCAAACGGAGUUUAAAAUUUACAAGUUCACAUUCAAUCAGAACACUUUACCAGGCUGGGUUAUGGCUGUGGGUUGGUUCUUUUAUAUGAUAUGGCUGUGCAUCUCAUUUAGAGAGCCUUUUCGCCCGACACAAGAUACCAAUGUAGCUCCACAAACCAGUGAUGAUAAUUUUGGUCUCGUGUUGAAAGCAGAACCAACGAGAAAUGAUGCUCUUGAGAAAGGUCUUCAGCAGCCAUUGCUACCAAGUACAGAAGCCAAUCAAGAUGAUGAAGAUUGUGGGAGUGAUGAUGAAUCUGAGGGAUCCAGAGGACCAGCUAACUCACUUCGCUCUGCUUAUAGGCUAUUGACACCUUCUGUAAAGGUUCAGUUGUUAAUAUAUUUCAUGCUCAAGUACGCCAUGGAGAUUUUAUUAUCAGAGUCUAGUGUCGUCACAACGUACUACUUCGGUUGGUCUACUAGCUCAGUGGCAAUAUUUCUCGCCUGCUUAGGCCUCACUGUCCUUCCAGUGAAUAUCAUUGUUGGAAGCUAUAUCAGUAACAUGUUUGAAGAUAGGCAAAUCUUACUAGCAUCAGAAAUCAUGGUCUGUGUAGGCAUACUCCUAAGCUUCCACAUCUUAGUUCCAUACACCGUGCCACAAUACGUGUGCUCAGGACUCAUUAUGUUUGUCUCGGCCGAAGUACUAGAAGGCGUCAACUUAUCGUUGCUCUCGCGAGUCAUGUCAUCGAGGCUCUCACAGGGAACAUACAACGGUGGACUACUCUCGACGGAGGCAGGUACCUUAGCUCGUGUGGUGGCAGACGUAACAAUCACAAUGGCGGGGUACUUGGGGCAGAAAACGCUGUUGAAUGUGACUCUUCUACCUUCCCUUGUCAUUUGCAUAACCUCCAUCCUCGCCACGUGCUUCACCUACAACUCGCUAUAUUGAUUCUGUAGACUUAUAUCUAUCACAUUAGUAAAGCGAAGCAGCCAAAUUUUGGUGUUUCUUCGCUUAUAGCUAUGUGAUUAGGUAGUCUUCUUCUCCUUCUUGUUCUUCUGUGUCGGAUCAGUUCUCCUGUAUAUUUGGUAGAAACCCAGCUCCAUUAAUUUCUCCAUUGUUCUUAAUAAAAAUGUAGACGCACACCAACCUAGCUAGCCUAGCAGCAUGUCCAUUAAAGCGUUUGAGAACUGAGCCAGCUGCUUGCUGCCUCUAGCAUAAGUAGAUGGAUUUAUUUACUGUGAAUUUGUUUUCUUCAGAAUUCCUCACCAAUCAUAUCCUUGGCC